AUGGCAGGCAAGGCCUCGAUCGCGCUGUUCCUGGCCGUGAACCUAAUCGUGUUCGCCAUUGCCAGCGCCAGCAGUGGCGACUGCCCCACGCCGACCCCGUCCACCCCGUCGACGCCGACCCCGACGCCGGCCUCGUCCGGCAAGUGCCCCCGCGACGCGCUCAAGCUGGGCGUGUAA